CUGUGCACCAACGGCAGAAGGCCUUAAUGUCGGACAUCUGCUUUCAGACAGAGAUGAGCAGCCUCAUGGACUUCAGCACGCCUGACUCUGCCCUGGACAAAGUGCUCCUGCGGGAGGAGGUGGUGUCUCUGCAGGAGGAGGUGUCGCUGCUGAAGCAGAUGAAGGAGAUGCUGAGUAAGGACCUGGAGGAGACGCAUGGAGGCUCCGCCCACUUCCUGUCCGUCACAGAGCUCCGGGUGCAGCUGGGGGAGAGGGAGCAGGAGCUGGACCGCGCCAAGGAGGCUCUGCAGGCCAUGAAGGCGGACCGUAAGCGUCUGAAGGUGGAGAAGGCCGACCUGGUGAACCAGAUGCAGCAGCUGUACUCCACCCUGGAGAGCAGAGAGGAGCAGCUACGGGAGUUCAUCAGGAACUACGACCAGCACAGGAAGGAGAGUGAGGAUGCGGUGAAGACCCUGGCGAAGGAGAAGGAUCAGCUGGAGCGGGAGAAGUGGGAUCUGCGGCGGCAGUCCAAAGAGGCCACGGAACACGCCGGAAUCCUGCGCUCACAACUGGACCUGAAAGAGAACAGGAUCAAAGAGCUGGAGGCCGAGCUGACCAUGGCGAAGCAGUCUCUGGCCACCCUGACUAAAGACGUGCCAAAGCGCCACUCGCUGGCCAUGCCGACGGAGCCGGUUGUCAACGGCAGCCAGGAGUGGGUGAUGGGCACUGACCUGCCACUGACCGCCGCCAUACGGCAGAGCCAACACACACUCUACCACUCCCACCCUGCAGACAGACAAGCUGCUCUGAGGGUGAGCCCCUGUCACUCGAGGCAACCCUCCGUCAUAUCUGACGCUUCCGUUGCCGACGGCGACCGCUCGUCCACUCCGAGUGACAUCAACUCUCCACGCCACCGGACACACUCCCUCUGCAAUUCCAUGGAGGACCUGGAGGAUCAGAAGCGUAGUAGUAGGAAGAAGAAGGACAAGAUGUCGCUGGGCUCUCUAUCGCGCGUCUUCACGCGGGGGAAGCAGCGAAAGUCUCUGGAGCCGGGCCUGUUCGACGGUACUAGCACCCCCGACUACUACAUAGAGGAGGACGCAGACUGGUGAAGCACCUGUGUGUGUGUGUGUGUGUGUGUGAGUGUGUGUGUGUGUGUGUGUGUGUGUGUGGACCCCGGCCUGUUCGACGGUACUAGCACCCCCGACUACUACAUAGAGGAGGACGCAGACUGGUGAAGCACCUGUGUGUGGGGUGUGUGUGUGUGUAAGAAUGUGAGUUAAUAUGAGUCUGAGUGUGUGUGUGUG